ACUUCAUCGUACAUUAAUUUCACCUCACCUUUAUUUGUCUAACAUCACUCACACUACUCACUCUCUUCUCCACCAUGAAUAUUAAUGGCUUCACCACUACCUUCCUCCACCUUCAACAUGAACAGAACCUUAACUACCAAUAUCUCACUUCCAUCAAAACCCUAGCACCUCAUAUCACAUGUCUCGCUGUCCACCAGAACCUUCUCUACGCCGCUUCUCUCAACCUCAUCAAUGUAUUUGACCUCUCUUCCUCUCAUUACACACACAUCGACACCUUCAAUGAAAGCUCCGGUUCAGGUUUUGUCAAGUCCAUCACCUUCAACGGUUCAAAAGUCUUCACUGCUCACCAAGACUGUAAAAUUCGGGUCUGGCUUAUCACAUCUUCAAAACAACACCGUCUUAUCUCCUCCCUUCCAACUGUCAAAGACCGGUUAUGCCGCGGCAUCGUUCCUAAAAACUACGUCAACGUUCGACGUCACCGGAAGAGUCUUUGGAUCCAACAUAAUGACACUGUGUCAGGUUUAGUAGUCAACCAUAAAGAGAAACUCAUGUACUCUGUUUCAUGGGACAAAACUUUUAAGAUUUGGGACUUAUCUUCCGGUUACCGGUGUUUAGAGUCUUUUAACGGUCACGACGAUGCUAUCAACGCCGUUGUUGUUUCCGAUGAAGGUGCCGUUUACACGGCGUCAGCUGAUGGAUGCAUCAAGGUUUGGAAGAUGGAUGAUAAGGUGAAACGCUACAUGAUGGUGAGUACGGUGGGGAAGCAGAAACCGGCUGUUAAUGCGUUGGCAUUGAACGGAAAUGGUACGGUUUUGUUUUCCGGUGGGAGUGAUGGGACGAUUUGUGUGUGGGAGGAAAAAGAAAACGAAAACGACGUCGUUUUGAUGGAAACGUUGAAGGGUCAUAGUGGGGCUAUACUUUGUUUGGUCAACGUUGAUGAUUUGUUGGUGAGUGGGUCAGCGGAUCUGACGGUGAGGAUUUGGCAGAGGGAAAAGGGUAAUGGUGGGUAUUAUUGUAGAGGAGUGUUGGAAGGACAUGAAAAACCGGUUAAGUCAUUGGUGGCGGUUUCCGGUGGUUGUCGUGGUGAUGGUGAAGAUGAUGAUGAAUCUGAUGGUGAUGGGGUUGUGACACUGUUUAGUGGAAGUCUUGAUGGGGAUAUUAAAGUGUGGGAAGUGUUUGGUUUGGUUUAAAACUUAAAACUUAAUUGAUUAUGCUUUUGCAUGCCAAGUCCACACCCCGUUUAAAAUUUUUAAUCGUGUGGUGUUGGUUGUAGAACUGAUGUUUACCAGCUAAAUGGACAUGGCAAAUUAAUAUAGGUUAAAUAAGAGUAUCUUCUAUGCUUUGGUAUUUUUCUUAAGAGCAUAAGAUCAAGUUUCAAAACUGAUAUUAGUGGCUAAAUUUAAAGCCUUGCUCAAGAUUGUAGUCAAAAUUAGUAGUGAAACAAAAUAAAAUGUAUAUAUUGAUGCUUAAUAUUUUUGUGUGAUGACAAGUCACAAGUUCCAUGAG